AUGUACGGAGCCGACGACGAGCUGUCCCUAGCGGUCGAUGCGUUUCUUACAGAAGCCAUGGGUCGUAAACAGACACAAUCGCAGGGUCAAUCAGAGACCUCUCGAAGAGGUUCUGCAGCCUCCCAGCCAGCUCCUCAGAGUGACAAGUCGUUUGAGUGUACUCAUCCUGGCUGUAGCAAGAAGUUCACGCGCUCAGAACACUUGCAGCGACAUGCUCUCAAUCACUUGCCGGGCGGUUCUUCAUGUGACAUAUGCCGUGCACACUUCAAACGGCCUGAUUUGUUGAGGCGACAUAUGGAAAGACAUCGCCAGAAGGAUCUUGAGGCCGGAGGAACCGGCUUUGGCGUCCUCGAUACGCGAAAGAGAUCUUGGGAAGCACCCGACGGUACGGUCGUUGAAAAGCGACCGUGUCGGAACAGCAACACGAAAGCCAAAAGUACCAAGGGUUCAGGACAGAACCCUCAAGAAACACAACAAGUCCCAUCUCCAGAAUCCGACCAGGCAGAUAAUACAAGGAAUCAAUCCCCUGGGCUGAUCGCUUGGGGCCACAACGAAGGCCAGUCAGUGAAUGGAGUUGAUCUUCAUCCCUCAUCCGACUUGCACAUUGAAGACUCCAUUUUUGUUCACUCCGCCGGUGAACUAGUUACAGACGACCAUUUAGUAAACUUUACCAACUCAACCGACCCAUUCCAUCACGGUGAAGGCAUAGGCGAGUUUUCGUUCGACCAGCUCGAUCCACUACUUCUCAACGAAUCAUUCGUGGAUACCGCAGCACUAGACUACACACAAAACUUCCAGCCAGAUACAGCCAGCUCAUUUAAUAUGCCCUAUACGACUGCUUUGGACUACAAUUGGUUAUUUAACAUGAACUUGAACCCAACACCAACACCCCUCGCAAAGGCCAACGAGCAGUAUAUCCCAUCCGCCCAGAUGUCGGAGCCCGUCCAGAUAUUAUCACCAGACUCUAUCAACAGCACGCGUCGUUGGUCUGAGUCGGUACAUUCUCACAGCAGUGAUACGAGGCAAGAUGCUUCUGAUCCCCGAACCGCAGUCUUGAACCAUACCAAGACAACUCCGGAGAGCCUUGCCAGCUCUAGAACUGAGUCUACAACGCCAGCACAAUACAAAAGCGCCAAACUAUCGAGGCCCAACGUCGCCCACGAUCAUCAAUAUGUCGAGGAACCGCAAUUCAACAGACCAUUCUCGAUGCUCGAGAAAGGCCCAUCGAUACCCAAGAUCGACGAAAGCGUGCGCAAACGAAUUCUCCAAGUCGUCGAAGCUGCCAACCCAUCUUUACCUGAUUCUCGUCACUCCCUGUGGGAUGAGCCACUAUUGUCACGAGACUCCCUACAAACAUAUCUGGAAUUGUUCUUCGUCAAGUUCAAUACUGCCUACCCACUCAUGCACCUUGCAACCUUUGAUGUCAGCAGAAUGGAACCUCUGCUUCUCAUCUCCGUCAUCCUGCUUGGCGCAACCUACUCGACCAAGGAUGCCCAUCAGCUGGCUGUGUGCAUCCACGACGUCAUACGGCCUAGCAUCUUUUCCCAUGCUAGCUUUUCGGCUCGUGCGGAACUAUGGACUCUGCAGACUAUCCUUUUGGUGGAAUGCUUUGGGAAGUCUCGGGCCGGACAGAAGCAACACGACAUGAGUCAUCUCUUUCAUGGACUUCUUAUAAAUCUUAUUCGCAGAUCUGACUGCCAGUCAGUUCGCCCUCAAGGACCGCCAGCUGACUGUACCGAUUCAAAAGAGGGUGUAGUGCGAGAGGCUUGGAGACGAUGGGCCAUUGCAGAACAAAAGAAACGGCAAGUCGCUCAACCAAAGAAUAUGGGAGGCUUCAGAUCCAACGUCCUGGGCUACGGCAUGGCGCUCAUCAGCUUGCAGUUCCCAGCAGACCUUUUACCUUCCGAGUCUCAAAUCCUAUCUCGGACCAUCAGUGCCGCGUCCAAAGGCAUUGACAGGAUUGUCUCACCAUGGGACAUGCAGCGUCGUGAUCAGACAGCACUUGGAGUAGUGGACGGUGACGGACCCGGAUCCAACUGGCGUAAGCUCAUAGGGAACGCUUAUGACGCUUGGAAGGAAGACUUUGAUGCUUACAUAACCUCAAUCAUUUCUCGACUGCAGAAUACACCUGAGGACCAGGCCAGAAGGAGUGAAUACGUGGCGUUUGCUACUGCAUACAAUGCUCUGUUUCACUCAGCACAAGCACUUCUUCAUAUGGAAUUUCUCGAUAUACAGAUCUACGCUGGUGCUCGCCAUAUACUAGGCCGACCAGUUCAGCAGAAGGACUAUCGCCGAUCCGCAAAGGCGGUCAAACAGUGGGCUUCUUUAGUGACAGAACGACCAAACAAAGAUCAAACCUCCAACGCCGAACAGAAUACAAGAAGCCACAAGAGGCCAGCCUCUAUAGCUGCAUGGCACGCUGCUCGAUUGCUUCAUGAAAACACCAAAGUGCUCACGCGUUCAGACGCAAUGCAGCUCUUCCACGUCCCCUGGUGUCUGUACCUAGCAACUCUUGCAUGCUGGGCAUUCUGCCACGGCCAGCCAAACAGAGGAGGUAUCCUUGACAUGGAAGAUGAUGCUGAUGACAGUGAUGAUGAUAGUGAUGAGAUUAUCUGGAAUCCUCGAGGAGAAAUGCAUAACCUCGUGUCCAGAAUGGCUCAGAAUCGGCCUGAGGAUAUGGAUGUAAAAACAGGUCAACAACGACAGAUUGUCGGGCUUGUGUGGACUAUGGCUGAGACGUUGAGCAAGGUUCGAACUAAUUCGUCAGGCCACGGCGCUCAAGCCUAUGACAGAGCUUGGUCCUUUUAA